AUGUUGGGUCUGGAAAAGGCCGGAUCGUCAGAUCUCUCGUCAUCUUCGACAGAAACAUCAGCUAUCUCUCCCGUCAGUGUAAACAGUAUUCCACCAUCUCCAGAAAAGGAAAAGAAAAAGAUUCAGUUUGUUCGUUACAAUCCCAAUGUGCCACAAUUAGUGACAUCUUUCAAGGGAUAUCAAAAACUUAUGUAUAAGGGAUAUCGUUACAAUAUUUAUCAAGUCUUGCCUGAACGCAAUUUCAAGUCUUGGCGAUGUGUUUGUGCCAAGAAAAUCCCUGAUAGUGGAACAUGGUGUAAAUGCCGGGCAGAGACAACCAUGGAUGAUCAGAAUGCCAUAACUCGAGGAGAACAUAAUCAUCCACCAAAGGAUCUUGUGGCCGAACUCGAAUUCAUUAAGUCUCAACUCUAUGUAGCAGCUCUUGAUAAUCCUGAUAUGGAUGCCGGUGAAUUAGUCAAUCAAGCCUGUGAAUAUUUAAGUAAAGGAGUCACCUUUGAAAACAAAGAAGGACUCAGAAAAAGCAUCCAACUAGCUCGUUCUCGAGUUGGAAAGCCUCGAAAGCCAAGAUCUCGUCCAACCAAUCCUCAGAAGCGAAAGCUGAUGAUGUUCGAUGGACAUGAAGGACUACUUUCACCUCUCAAAGUUAAUACUCAACAAAAAAUAGAAGAAGAAGAAGAAUAUCCAACGCAAGUAUUCCAAGAUAGCAUGAUGAAUAAUCUCAUGAAAUUCCCUAAGACAGAGCUUGAUCCCUCUGCUUUCGUUGACACUACAUCCUUGUUCACAAAUGUCAAAGUUGAUUCUCCAUUCCGACAAACUGCUGCUGUCCCUCCACAACCAAAAACGACAACUACGGAGCAAACAGCCAAUUUACUUCAUGCCAACAUGUUGAAUGGAAUGACCAAUCCAUGGAUGAACAGUGUAGAGCAAGAUACUAUGAGUAUACUAUGGGCUAAUAUGAUUGGAGCCGCAGGUGGAAUGGAUAUGCUUUCCACGUUAGCAGCUCUGUCUCAACCAAUGGUUCCCGCAGCAGCACCACCAACCCCCAAGAAACAACUCCCACUUGCUGCAGCCCCAAAGCCUAAAGAGUUACCCCAACAAAGUAGUCCCAUGAUCGCUUCCAAUGCUCCGUCACCGCAAAAAAGCGAUGCUGCUUCACAAACAGCAGAGGACAUCAAAGUAUCACACUGUCUACAAAGUGGUUGUGGAUGUCGUAUAGUGCGGGUUUGCUGUUGUGAAGAUACGACUUGCCGAAAUCGGCCGGUCAGCCAAUGCUGA